AUGUUGGGCCGUGAAGGUGGCAAGAAGAAGCCCCUGAAGCAGCCUAAGAAGCAAGCCAAGGAGAUGGAAGAGGAAGAUAAGGCAUUCAAGCAGAAGCAGAAGAAACUCGAGGAGCUAAAAGCGAAGGCUGUGGGGAAAGGCCUCCUGGCCACAGAUGGAAUUAAGAAAUCUGGCAAAAAGGAAGUUGUUCCUUAUGCCUGAGGCAAUGAUGACUCUUAGUUGCAUUCCUGU